AUGCAAAAUAACAAUAUUACUGAGAACGAUGCAUUCAAGGUCAUUUUAGAUGAUAGUGAAAGUUGGAAAUGGGUAUGCUUUGAUGAGUAUCGUUGUCGUGGCAAAUUAGAACGUCAACAUUGUCAAAUAGUCCGUGAGAUUGAUCGUUUUAAUGGUGAAGUGAGCUUUUCUGACUUGCCUGUUGUUCCAAUUGAACUUUCUACCGCUCAAGAUUUCCUCAAAGAAAACAUAAUUGCAAAUGGAAAGCAGUUUUUUAAUUUUGCCUCAGGACAUCACUUUAUGAGUUAUGAAGGUCCACUACUUCGUGAACGAUGUAUGUGGGUAGAGAAGGUUAGAGCUGAUGGUCGUAUCAUGAUUGAUCUUCAAAGUUUUGCAACAAUGAACCCAGAGUAUUCAAUGGGUAACGCAAAACCACCGAAUAAAUGUGACAUUAAAAUGCUUAAUGAAAAGAACACUUAUAUCAAACUGAAUGAACUACACCAGGACUCUAAUUAUUUUCUUGCCCCUGCUGUAGUAUAUGGUUUCAGUUUUACGAUAAAAGAAUGGGGCCUUUUCGAGAUUUCUAAAGUUUCAGACAUUAUUUUUGAUUCUGAUUCCCUUGAUCAAGUUGUAAUGCCCCAAAAUAAAAAACAAAUGCUUGAAGGGCUAGUGAGUCAGUAUGCUAAUCCAAACCAAAAUACUAAUAGUGACGGAUUUGUAAAUGCUACUAGUCUAUUUGAGAAAUCUUUAGAUCCUAUUACGAAUAAAGAAAAGGAAUUAGUUAAGAUUCUUGAUAUCGCUCAUAUAUGGAAGGCCGUCAUUUUGCUUGAUGAAGCUGAUAUUUACCUUGAAAAACGUAGCACAAUUGAUCUAACUCGUAAUACAUUAGUUGGAAUAUUUUUGCGGGAAAGACAACAAGUCUGGACAAACUUUAUUAAACGUGCCAGUCUGCCCCUCAAUGCUAAUGACUUUAUUAAUUACGAAUUGAACGGUCGUGAGAUUCGUAAUGUUCUUCACACUGCGCGAUUGUUGGCCAAGAAUGAAGGCAAAGAUUUGACUUCUGACACUGUAAUUGAUGUUAUUAAAGUUAUUCAAGAAUUUCGUCAA